AUGGAGGCGCAAAGAAGAUCGCUGCGACAUCCUUUAGAUCUCCGGUUUCUCGACUAUGAUAUCAUCCUGACUAGCCUACGGCUGUCGAUCCAAGUUCGACGUUUCGAGUUAGUUCAAUGCCGCGAUGCAUAUCGCGAGAGUCGCAGGCUAGAGGGGAGCAUCGUGGCUAUCGAAACCACCGUGGUUCAGUCGGAACGAUUGUUCCCCAAUACCAAAUCCGCCGAGAAGGCAGUGCCUCUCUCACUGUUGGAUGCGACAACCGCAGACUUUUCUUCGACCACGGCAAUCUGGCUAUUCGAUCAGCCUAAGGCGGCUCGGACGGAUAUUUUCGACUUGUUCGAACACUUUCGCCAAUCCCUCCGGAUCGUCCUGGAUGAUUAUCCCCAAUUGGCCGGUCUCCUCAAAAGCAUCCAAGCCCUUGACUCGACCAAACUGGAACCAGAGACACUUCAAUUUCCACCUCAUUCCCGUCGAUUUGGUCGUGUGUAUGCACAUUAUGGGCUCGCUCAAGAUCCGGGGGUCGAGUUCAUCACGGCCAUUUCUACCGCGACUAUUGAAUCACUGUGUCCUGCAUCACGGACGAAAGAGCAGCCUCUUUUAGAUCGCCAAAAAGUUCCUCUGGAUAGUCUCAUACACCGUGGGCGCUUGUCCAGCGCGAUCCAAACCCUGAAGCCUGAUGCUGCCGGACUUCUACCGCCAUCAUGUGUGGUCCAGGUAACAAAACUGGCCUGCGGUGGCUUCACGCUGGCUGCGAAGAUCGCCCAUCCGCUGGCUGACAUACAAUCGCUUGUAUACUUCGUGAAAGAUUGGGCGAAAAUCAGUCGUUGGGUUUUGUCAGGCGCAGGCAUUCCGAAGCCGUCUCUAGCACCUGUGUUCGAGCCUGAGCGCCUGGACUCAAUGGCUGCCGGGGAUAUCAAUCGAGAGGACGCAGACUCACAGGUGCUAGAACAGAUCAAUGCCCUCCCUCUACAUCGAUUCGAUUGGUGGGCUGCCCCGGCCCAGUGUCCCUGGCCACAAGAGGUCCCUGAACCAUUCCGGGACGAAGACUUGACACCAGUAGGCAAGACGAUGCAGUGGUCAGAAUGGGAUAUUGCCUCUCCCGUUUCCCAUUACACAGUCCAUUUCACCCGUGACCAGGUCGAUUGGAUUUGGAAAAAUGCAACAAACCAGACCACGGAGGAGGCUUCCUCUGACCGCAUCAGUCGUCACGAUGCAAUCCUGGCUCAUGUCUGGUCAUGCAUCGCUCGCGCCCGCAAUCAACAGAGGGAUCGCGGACUAGUACACUGCAAUCUCACCUACGGCACCCGCCCCGCCCUUCAACUCGGAGAUAACUUCAUCGGCUCUCCUAUCCUGAUGAUCAACGUCGAAUUGACCGGAGCGGAACUGGCAUUGGCGCAGGUCCCGGAGAAUGAGAAAGCGCGAUCUGCCGCGCAACGUAUUCGCCAGACGAUCAAACGAAUCAGCCGCCCAGAAGCACUCGCCGCUCAUCUUCACAGCGUGGCAUAUGAGAAAGCACCACAACGCAUCUGGCAGGCGUUCAUGGGUUCUCGCCACCUCAUUGUGACUAGCUGGGCUCGCAUCGGGAUAUACGAUGUGGAUUUCGGGCUGGAUUCUCGGAUUCGGUAUGCCGAGGGGGUAAUUCCCGAUUUGGAUGGGGAUGUGCUGAUCAAGGAUGCGCCGCCGUCCGAUCCAUCGAGGCCUUCGUCGGAACGACUUGCAUGGACGGAGGAUGGGGUGGAUGCUUCAAUUCACAUCCGGGCCGAAGAUAUGGAUCGCUUGAUCGGUGAUCCACACCUGCUCCCGCGAUGCACUUGA